AUGAGUAAAUUGGAAGCUAAUUUAAUAGCCAUUCUACAACGUAUUAAUGAAUUAUCUCAAUCGAAUUCAUCACAAGUUCGUUUAAUCGCUAUAUCAAAAACGAAACCAGUUGAAGAUAUUGUUGAACUUUAUCGUGCUGGUCAACGUCAUUUUGGAGAAAACUAUGUUGAUGAAUUAGAAAAGAAAUCUAAUGAUAAUAUAAUUCUAACUGAAUGUCCAGAAAUACGUUGGCAUUUUGUUGGACAUUUACAAAGCAAUAAAAUAAAUCGUGUAUUAACACGUGUACCUAAUCUUGAUUGCAUUCAAACAAUUGAUUCAUUAGAAUUAGCUGAUCGUUUAAAUAAUAAUCUUAUGAAACAGUCAAAAACGUUAAAUGUUCUUCUACAAAUAAAUACAAGCAAUGAAGAUCAAAAAUCUGGUAUUGAUAGAAAAGAUUUUCUAUCUUUAUACGAACAUAUUAAAUCAAAUUGUACACAACUAAUAUGUCAAGGUUUAAUGACAAUUGGCUCCAUAGACAAUGUUAAAAUAGACGAUGAUUCUGAUUUUCAAGCUUUAGUUCAAUGUCGAAAAGAUCUCUGUGAAAAAUAUGCUCUUCCAUUGAAUGAAAUAGAACUUUCUAUGGGAAUGUCAAACGAUUAUGAACGUGCUAUUCAAGCAGGAAGUACUAUUGUUCGUGUUGGAAGUUUGCUAUUCGGUGCUCGAUGUUGA